CAAAGCUGCUUCUAAUGUGAUACAAGUACAUACCUGCACAAACCAGAUCACGUGAUCUACCUAACACGACAGGCGACGAGCGGGUUGUAGUUAUUCCAGGAACCGAGAAGAGAGGCGACUUCAGAGAAGAGAGCUCCACGUUGUAAUAGAGAUGGCGACCGCUAAGAAGCUCACAGAGAACCACCUCACCUGCGUCAUCUGUACAGAGGUGUUCACAGACCCUGCCACACUUCAGUGUCAUCAUACAUUGUGUAAGUCCUGUCUGCUGAAAUACACAUACACACAGCCGGAAGCAGUACAAGCCAAGCCAAGCCCAUGUCCCUCCUGUAGAAAACUGACGAAUGUGACCACCCCUGACAGUCCAGUAGAGGAGUGGGUCAGUCAGCUGAAACCAAGCCACGUCAUACAGGGGCUGAUGGACGACUUUGGACCCAGCACAAAGGCUGUGGAGGAAAACUUGUGCGGUGUUUGUACAAAACAAGGAAAGACAACUCCCGCCACUUCUUGGUGCUCUGUCUGCGAUGUUGUGUUCUGUGAAGGAUGUCUCCAGAUGCACAACAUGAUGCCAGGGUUGUGUGACCAUGAAGUCGCUCACUUGUCUGAUCACACCAAGACAAAGGUCAAGCGUCGCUUCACGCGUCAAGUCCACAGAGACAAACGGAUAGAGUUGUUCUGUAAAGACUGCAAGCGGGCAAUAUGCACGAUAUGCUGCAGUAUAAAACACAGGGCAUGUAAGGAUGUUGACACAAUAGAGAGUAUGACCCCUCUUGUGAAGGAACAACUGACAAACAAAAUAGAGCAGCUCAGAAUCAACAUGGCGGCUACUAAUAAUAUCAUAACCCAGAGAAACUCUACAAUUCAAGAUGUGAAGAGUAAUUCACAAACCCUUAAAGAUCAAGUCAUGAAGACACGGGAAACAGUGAUGCGUGCUAUUUUAAGAAAAGAGAAGCAACUCCUUGGUGACAUCGACAAAGCUACUGAUGAACAAUUACAUGAGUUACAAGCAGAUAUAAAAUCCCAGGAGAUCGAGCUACAGAUGUACCAGCAGCAGUAUGAGUUCACAGCCAAUGCUGUGACGUCCAACUGUGAGGUGGACAUGUAUGCCGUCUAUGAGUCGAUGUGUGAGACGUCUACAGACAACAAAGACACGGACAACAGACCAGCAGCAGGAAGGGUUGUAUUGACACGCGACCUGGACAAGCUGAGUAAAGCAGUUGAUGAGCUACAGCUGGGGGAGGUUCAAGUCGUCCAUGGAGUGAGUGACCCCAGGUCUUCUCCUGUUCUACAUCACACCAUUGAUUGCGAGGAAGAUGGGGACGGGGAGGAUCCUCGGUUUUAUGACGUCACAGUGUUGACUGUUGAUGGCGUGAAAGUGAUGGUAGUUGCAGAUUACAAUAACAACAGUCUCAAAACAUAUUACACAUCAAACUUCAAAUCCUUUGAUAAUCAGCUUCUGCUUUCUGAUGGUCCUUGGCAAAUAGCCAAGUUAAGUGAGAGUCAGAUAGCUGUCUGUGUUCCAGGCAGUAAGGAAAUAGUUACAGUGAAUGUUACCCCAGAUCCUGUAUUACUGUCAACUAUCAAAACAAGCAAGCAGUACUACGCUCUAGCCUGUCUGAGUCCUUCACAGCUGGCGGCAGGUACAGAUGGACAGUCUCACUCUGUGGACAUACUGGACAUGACAGGGAGGAUACUGAGGUCUAUCAACACGGGGGUGGUAGAGAGUCCAGACUACAUCCACGUCACCAGGAACAACAACUUGAUAGUCAGUGAAGCUGCAGUAAAAUCCCUUGUAUGUGUGACCAGUGAAGGGGACGCUGUUUUCACCUACACUCCCACAGCAGACAGAGCUCUGACAUGGCCUAUGGGUAUCACAACAACCAGCACAGGUAAUAUCCUGCUUGUAGACAGAGUCGGGGCAGUUUGUCAGAGAUGUCCUCACACAACAGGAUGGUCUGAAAUAUCCUGCUGGUGUCUGUCUUGAUGCUGACGGCCUGCUGUAUGUUACGUCUGCCAGAUAUGUAAAAGUAUUCAAAUUCUGCCGGCGCUGAAUUUUAAAAUAGAGUAAUUUAUCUCCAUACACAGUUGAAGAUAUACAAAAUUGACAACCGACAAGAAGUCCAGAUCGGCUUUUGUAAACGUAAUUCACCAUGUCAGUGAUUAAACAGAGGACGAUCUUUCACGUGUAGAAAUCUGACCUGAUUUGUAAAGGACAUUUGUUAAAGGAACGCAUAGUGACAGGGUUCGCCCCGAUUAUGUCUCUAGGUUUGUCAGCACCAUACCCGUGCUCCUGGGUUUCACCAAUAAGGGUAUACCAUCUGAGGCCUGCAUCACUUCGGGCUUUCCUCCCACAUUAAGCUGACACCCUGUGAUAUAACUGGAAUACUGUUCAAAGCAGCGUAAAACCCAACUCACUCACUCACAGUGACAGAACUAAAUGAGAAACCUGUUCACGUAGUUAGGUAUGGUUCAAGCCUUUAGAUUAUCAGUUAAACAACAUAGCUCAUCGAGGCUUCAACGUGUGCUGAACAAAUAUAUAACACAACGGGCGUUCAGCUAUUUGUGGAGGCUAUAGUAGUGCAUGGAUGCUUUGAGAAUUGGUUUACGUGUGUCCUCAUUGGUAUCAGUUAUAUGUACUGAUGUAUAGUAUUUCUGAUUGAUUGAAGUAACAGUAAAUAUCCCUAUAACAUUACACAACUCUAUCUGGAUACAAAAAAGGAUGUAAUAAAUGUUUUGACGUUUGAAAAGCGUGCAUUAAAUUUGCAUUUUGAGGUAUAAUUUAAAUGUGAUCUUGCCUGCUUCCAUACGGAGAUUUGAACUCUGACAACAAGUCUAACACACAUCCUUGUGUUGCAUUUCAAACGUUCACUAGUUCAUUAAUAUGGGUUACAUGUUCUUUAAAAAUAUCUAUGCGUUUUCAAUGUGUGUAAUUUCUGGAGCAUCAUUCAUAACAUUUUCAAUAUCCAAUUUAAACUUUGUAUACACGUCAGACAAGGGUGGAACAGGUGGUGUUUGCUUUACAGGAAUUUGUAGACAAAUGAUCGUUUCCUCAUCAACACUUAGGACAUAUGUACAAAUGAGAGUAGGGUUUCUUUUUCAGCUGUUCACUAUGUUUCACAUCUGAAACAUGGCAUAAAAAUCAAGACAAGUUCUGAACUUUGCUAUUUAUGAUAUUUUUAUUUCUUAUAAUUUUCGAUUCCAAGGCAAAAAAUUGGACUUCGUUCAGAUGUAGUUUUAACGCAUAACUCAUAUACGAUUCAAUAUUUUCACAAUGUGUUGCUUGUACAUGUGGCAACUGCUGGAAUGGCGC